UACCAACCUCUCAAGGAUCCCUUCUUUACAACCCAUAGGGGGAAAAAGAAAAGAAAAGAAAAGGAAGAGACAACCUAAAAUGAAAGAAAUAGUAGGCUACACAAUCCUCCCCCUCCAACUCCCAGCAACCCCCUCCUUCCCAACCCCAGCAACGCACUACCUCUACCUCCGACCACAUGAACCUCGGAUCCCCGACCCAGACAGCACACGCUCGCUCUUCCUGGUCAACAUCCCCAUCGACACAACCGAAACCCAUCUCCGGCAUUUAUUCGGCACGCAGCUGGGCGCGGGCCGCGUCGAGCGCGUGGACUUUGAGUCGAUCCGGUCCUCCAAGAAACAAGCUACCCCCUUAGCGGCGGCAACCUCUACAAGAGCUUCGAGAAAGCGGAAGCGCGUCACGGCCGACGAGCUGGAAGAGAGACUAGAGAAUGCAGGGCUACCAGAGACAUGGGACAGAGGGCUGCAGCAUAGCGGGGCGCAUGCCGUUGUGGUGUUUGUGGAUCGCGCAAGUAUGGAGAGUAGUUUGAAGGCUGUGCGGCGGGCCACGAAGCAGCAGCAGCAGCAGCAGCAGACGACGACGACGACGACGAAAAAGAAGAAGAGUGGCGCCACUGGUAGUAUUGUGUGGGGGGAGGGAGUGGAUGAGGACAACAAGAAGAAAGAAGUGUCUGCGUUGGGGGUACAGCGGUACGUGGAUCACCAGCGCAUGUGCUACCCUGGGCGUGCUGAGCUGCUGCGCAGGGUGAACGAGUACAUGAGUGUUUUUGGGGAGGUUGCGGAGGCCAGGAAGCGGGAGGCUAUGCGCAAGGCCCAGGAGCCCGACGAGGAUGGCUUUAUUACUGUUACGACUGGGCCGAAGCUUACUUCUGCGGCGCAUGAGGAGGAGGCGAAGCGGUUGAUUGAGAAGCAGAAGAAGAAGGACCAGGGCUUUGAGGACUUUUAUCGGUUCCAGUCUCGGGAGAAGCGGAAGGAACGGCAGAAUGAGUUGUUGAAGAAGUUUGAUGAAGAUAAGAAGAAGUUGCAGAUGUUGAAGAUGCGCAAGGGGAAGAUUAGGCCUGAGUGAUGGGUGUGGGUUGUUGCUUCGUUAUCUUUAGCAAGGCGUUUAGGGUUACCCAAAAAGUUUUUAGUCAUGAUAUAGAGGAUUCCGGAUUCUGUUGCAAAUGAAGGAGGCAGAAUAGGGGUGUCCAAUACACUGUCCAAUGCACUGUCCAAUACACUAAAUAAUCAUCAUCAUAUCAUGCAUACACAUCUACCUCCAUGUAAAUAAUUCCCCUAACUGGUGUAUUUUCUCUAAACUGCCCC